UGUUAUAAAAUGUUGUAAAUAAGUGAUUUUUCUCCUUCACUGAUGUGCGCUAAUGAGGCUGCAGUGAUGGGCACUGAUAGGCUGCACAGAUGGACACUGAUAGGUGGCACUGAUGAGGAGGCACUGGUAGGUGGCACUGAUGAGGGGAGGCACUGGUAGGUGGCACUGAUGGAUAUUGACGGGCUGGCACUGUUAGGCGGCACUGAUAUGCACUGAAAGGCA